UGAUAGUGGUCCGGAAGGACCCUGCAGCUUGUUUUGGCUCCUUGACUCCUCAGGAAGGAUGAAAGAGACAGAUCCUGCAAAGGUAGCGAGGAUGGAAGGGGGAAGACGGACGGUGGACCUGGUCAGGUUGUCUCCUGCAUCCCUCCCCACAACCUCUGAGCAUCCGCUCCCAGGGACCUCGGAGAGAUCUGGUGAAUCCCAGGGGAGUGGAGAUGGGGACGUGGAGGGAUGGAGCUGGAAAGAUGGUGAUGAACUGGAAGGGAAGAACAAGGGGGACCACAACAGAAUCCACAUAGUGGAGAAGUCAUAUAAACAUUUGGAAUGUGAAGAGAACAUUCAUCAGAACUCCCAGUCCAUCUCCCAUCAACGAAAGAGCUGCAUUCGAAGGAAUAGCCUCACUUCACACAAAACAACACAGAGUAGGGAGAAAUUGUAUCAGUGCAGAGAAUGUAGAAAGAGCUUCAGUCGGAAGUAUUCUCUCACUUUGCAUGUAAGAAUUCAUACAGGGGAGACACCCUAUCAGUGCUUGGAAUGUGGAAAGAGCUUCAGUCAAAGGUCCACGCUCACUUCCCAUCAAAGAAUUCAUACUGGGGAGAAACCCUAUGAGUGCUUGGAAUGUGGGAAGAGCUUCAGUAAAAACGCCAGUCUCACUUUGCAUCAAAGAAUUCAUUCAGGGGAGAAACCCUAUCAGUGCUUGGAAUGUGGAAAGAGCUUCAGUCAACGCACCUAUCUUACUUCCCAUCAUAUAAUUCAUUCAGGGGAUAAACCCUAUCAUUGCUUGGAAUGUGGAAAGAGCUUCAAAUGGAAGGGUCAACUCACUUCCCAUCACAGAAUUCAUUCAGGGGAGAAACCCUAUCAUUGCUUAGAAUGUGGAAAGAGCUUCAAAUGGAAGGGUGAACUCACUUCCCAUCACAGAAUUCAUUCAGGGGAUAAACCAUAUCAAUGCCUAGAAUGUGGAAAGAGCUUCAGUCAGAGGGGCAAUCUCAUGUCCCAUCAAAGAACUCAUACAGGGGAGAAACCAUAUCAGUGUUUGGAAUGUGGAAAAAGCUUCCAGGAUGGGUUUAAACUCACAAGCCAUCAAAGAAUUCAUACAGGGGAGAAACCUUUUGAAUGCCACAUGUGUGGAAAGAGCUUUAGUCACAGCCACCAUCUUAGUUACCAUCAAAGAAUUCAUACAGGGGAGACACCCUAUCAGUGCUUGGAAUGUGGAAAGAGCUUCAGUCAAAGGUCCACGCUCACUUCCCAUCAAAGAAUUCAUACUGGGGAGAAACCCUAUGAGUGCUUGGAAUGUGGGAAGAGCUUCAGUAAAAACGCCAGUCUCACUUUGCAUCAAAGAAUUCAUUCAGGGGAGAAACCCUAUCAGUGCUUUGAAUGUGGAAAGAGCUUCACUAGUAGCUCCAAUCUCACUUCCCAUCACAGAAUUCAUACAGGGGAGAAACCCUAUCAAUGCUUUGAAUGUGGGAAGAGCUUCAGUCAAAGGAGUGACCUCACUUUGCAUAGAAGAGUCCAUACAGGGGAGAAACCCUAUCAGUGCCUGGAAUGUGGGAAGAGCUUCAGUCAAAGUGCCACGCUCUCUUCUCAUCAAAGAAUUCAUACAGGGGAGAAACCCUAUCAGUGCUUUGAAUGCGGAAAGAGCUUCACUAAUAGCUCCCAUCUCACUUCCCAUCAAAGAGUUCAUACAGGGGAGAAACCCUAUCAGUGCUUGGAAUGUGGAAAGAGCUUCAGUCAGAGUACAACACUCAAUUCCCAUCAAAGAAUUCAUACAGGGGAGAAACCCUAUCAGUGCUUGGAAUGUGGGAAGAGCUUUCGUCAGAAAGGUGAUCUCGCUUUGCAUAGAAGAGUCCAUACAGGGGAGAAACCCUAUCAGUGCCUUGAAUGUGGGAAGAGCUUCAGUCUCGGGCACAGUCUCACUAUGCACCAAAGAACUCAUACAGGAGAGAAACCCUAUCAGUGCUUUGAAUGUGGAAAGAGCUUCCUGGAGAGGUCCAAGCUCACUUCUCAUCAAAGAACUCAUACAGGGGAGAAACCCUAUCAGUGCUUCGAAUGUGGAAAGAGUUUCAGGCGGAAGGACACUCUCAUUACACAUCAAAAACUUCAUAAAGGGCAGAAACCCUAUCACUGCCUGGAAUGUGGAAAAAGUUUCAGUCAGAUGGUGAAUCUCACUUCCCAUCAAAGCAUUCAUACAGGGGAGAAACCCUAUCAGUGCUUGGAAUGUGGGAAGAGCUUUCGUCUGAGUGGUGAUCUUACUUCCCAUCAAAGAAUUCAUACAGGAGAGAAACCCUAUCAGUGCUUGCAAUGUGGGAAGAGCUUCAGUCAGAGGCAUAGUCUCACUUCCCAUCAAAGAAUUCAUACAGGAGAGAAACCCUAUCAAUGCUUUGAAUGCGGGAAGAGCUUCCGGGAGGGGACCAAGCUCACUUUGCAUAAAAGAAUUCAUACAGGGGAGAAACCCUAUCAGUGCUUUGAAUGCGGGAAGAGCUUCCGGGAGAGCACCAAGCUCACUUUGCAUCAAAGAACUCAUACAGGGGAGAAACCCUAUCAGUGCUUCGAAUGCGGGAAGAGCUUCAGUCACAAUUCCUAUCUCACUUCCCAUCAAAGAAUUCAUACAGGGGAGAAACCCUAUCAGUGCUUGGAAUGUGGAAAGAGCUUUAGUUUCAGGGACGGUCUCACUUCCCAUCAAAGAAUUCAUACAGGGGAGAAACCCUAUCAGUGC